UCGACGCCAUUCGAAAAGCUGAAGACGAAAAAAAUGGUAAUGCCUAAAGAAAUAAGUAAUGCGUAUGCAGCCGGAGUAGCUGCCGGAUUAGCGCUAGCGGCAGCCUCCGGCCGCAAGACGAUCAAGAAAAAAAACCACAGGGCAGUGGCACGUCGCCGUUUGUUCCUAUUGGUCGACAUGGAGGUGGAGGCGGCAGAGAAGGACGAAACUAUUAACUCUAGAGUCUUCCGUAACGAGUUAAUUCGCAUCGUUAAGUCGGACUCGGAAAUGGAGCGGGUCCUUACCAUAAUGAACGCGACGAUCGGGAUCGGAUGCCUGGAGGACAGGUUCUUCCGGGCUAUAAGAGGCAAUCUGAAAGGAUUUGCUACCGCAAUCGGAGCCAAUAAAUAAACAAUAAAC